AUGGCGCCACUGGACCUGGAUAAAUACGCGGAGAUUGCCAAGCAGUGUAAAUAUUUACCUGAAAACGACCUCAAGAGGUUAUGUGAUUAUGUAUGUGACCUAUUGCUGGAGGAAUCCAAUGUCCAGCCUGUGUCCACCCCUGUGACUGUGUGUGGAGAUAUACAUGGACAGUUUUAUGAUCUGUGUGAACUCUUCAGAACCGGAGGACAGGUCCCAGACACAAACUAUAUUUUCAUGGGUGACUUUGUUGACCGGGGAUAUUACAGCUUGGAGACAUUCACAUACCUGCUGGUGUUAAAAGCCAAAUGGCCUGACCGCAUCACGCUUUUAAGAGGAAACCACGAAAGCAGACAAAUAACCCAAGUAUAUGGCUUUUAUGAUGAAUGCCAAACCAAAUAUGGAAAUGCCAAUGCCUGGCGCUACUGUACCAAAGUGUUUGAUAUGUUAACAGUUGCAGCACUGAUGGAUGAGCAGAUUCUGUGUGUUCAUGGGGGCCUCUCCCCAGACAUAAAGACCCUGGACCAAAUCAGAACCAUUGAGCGGAACCAGGAGAUCCCCCACAAGGGAGCAUUCUGUGACCUUGUCUGGUCAGACCCCGAGGACGUCGACACCUGGGCCAUCAGCCCCAGGGGAGCUGGGUGGCUGUUUGGUGCAAAGGUCACCAAUGAGUUUGUUCACAUCAACAACUUGACGUUGAUCUGUCGGGCACAUCAACUAGUCCAUGAAGGUUACAAAUUCAUGUUUGAUGAGAAGCUGGUCACGGUCUGGUCAGCUCCUAACUACUGCUAUCGCUGUGGCAACAUUGCCUCCAUCAUGGUCUUCAAAGACGCCAAUACAAGGGAGCCCAAACUGUUCCGGGCGGUCCCCGACUCGGAGAGAGUAAUUCCACCCAGAACAACGACACCAUAUUUCCUGUAAACACUGCACUAACUAUCAUCAUCUUUGGCCGCACUGUUAUCAAGCACCACAUUUGUAAUGCAUCACAUACAGUGGAGCGACAACAACUCCCGUUGAAGUGACACUACUGAUUAUGUCAUUCAUAUUUUACCAGUGGAGGCUGCUGAGGGG